UAACUGCACUACAGACAGACCAAUUACAGCAACAUGAAGCCAUGACCGUACUUCACACCUCCAGUUUCAUUUCUCAACAGCUGCUUUUAGAAUAAGUCUUCUUUUAAUGCUAGUCUUCUGGCUUUUUCUAGAAUUGGUCUGAAAGACAAGAGAUCUUGUUUCUAUUUGUCCAUGGAGUUCCCAUUUUUUCAUGGAAAGAUAUCAAGAAAAGCAUGUGAAGAACUGCUGUGCAAGAAAGGAAAGAAUGGUAGUUAUUUAAUACGAGAGAGUGAAAGUGUGGCUGGAGCCUUGUGUCUGUGUGUUUUCUUCGAAAAAGUCAUCUACACUUAUCGUAUCUUCAGGGAAUAUGAAGGAAAUUAUAAAAUACAGACUUCUGAAGGCGUUCCAGAAAAAGUCUUCAGAACGCUAAAGGAUUUAAUAUAUAACUAUGAAAAGCCAAACCAAGGGCUAGUCACAAAGCUUCGCUACCCAGUCAAGAAAACAAGCUCCUCACGAAGAAGCCAGAAGCUCAAGUUAGGAAAUGAUGACGUUUAUGAUGGUGAGAAGUCUAGUUUAGUCUGUCGUUUCAUUAAGACAACAAUUGCAUUGACAGAAAUUGAUGAAAGUGAUUAUGUUGAUGUCUUACCUUGAAUGAUCUGCAACCUGAUGAAUUGGAAAGACUCCAUCUUAGGCUGUGCCACAGCACAUCAACUGGAGAGAGUUAACAGUUGGACAUUCAAAGCUAUGUAUCUAUACCUCUGGAAUUAGUGCUUUUUGUAGAUUAACAGAGCAACUGCAUUUUACCCCAGUAGAUCCAGCUCAAAGUACUACGUAUUUUUUGUGCAUCAUUAAGAGAAUUAGUUUUCCUGACAUGUGGAUAAUUAUAUGGGGGAAAGGGUGUGCAUACUUAUUUGCUUGUGUAUUUUUUGGGGUUUUUUUUUAGCAAACUUUCCAAGAUGCCUAUUGCUGAAACAUACAGUCUGUUAUUUUAUAAAUCAUAUAUGUAAAGACAGCUGUCAAGUAGAUGGGGCGAGGCUCUCUUCAGUGGUGUCUAGCAACAGGACAAGGGACAAUGGGCACAAACUGGAACAUGGAAAGUUCCAUAUGAACAUGAGGGAGAUCUUUUACACUUUGAGGGUGACAGAGAACUGGCACACGCCGCCCAGAGAGGCAGGUUUCUUUUCAGGAGAUAUUCAAGACUUGUCUGGAUGCUUUCUUGUGCAACCAGCUGUAGAGAAGUGCUUUAGCUGGGGUUUGGACUCAUGGGUGUCCAACCUUUUGGAGUGCUUGGGCCACAGUGAGUGAAGAGGAAUUGUCUUGGGCCACAUGUAAAAUAUAUAAUAUAGUUAAUUUAUAUAAAU